CAUAUGAUUCCGCCAUAUAGUUAACGAGUCUAUUUGUCUCUUACUCAUUGGAAACAUUGCCGCAGCCUCAUGGGUGAAAAAAUGCAGCCGCCACCGCCACCGCCACCGUGUUUAUCUCUUCACUCCCAUUUCUUUUCCUCUCUAAAGCAGGUCGAAAAGCGCCUCAAAUUAGAUCAUUCAUCGCAACGAGACGUUCUUCAUCCACCACCUCCAGUGCCAGUACAAACCAAUGCUUCUUCAUCAACUGAAGAAGACUUACUGAGCACUCCCAUGUACCUUCAUUUCCCCCAAACCAACACAAGCUCCACCUUACAAGAAAGCAGCCAACCGCCACUCGAAUUCCUCUCAAAUUACUCCCAUUCUCCACCAUCUCAUCCGAAACCAGUAUCGAAUCCUCCAAAUCUCAUCGAUCGUGGCCAAAAUCGAGAUUUAGACGACAUUCAACGGCUAAUUCAACUCCUAGGGUUAGAAGAUUCGUGUGACGAAAAGGAAUUAGGAGCUAAGAUUGGCUGUAAUGGCUGUGAGGGAUGUGAAAGCGGGUUUUACAGUAAGAUCGUUGGCUUAAAAGGCCCCAAAUGUAGAAAGGAGGUAGAGAGGCUAAAUGGAUGGAUCGAGUUCUUUAGUAAUGGUGGUGGUGAAGAAGACAGAUUAGAGCCUCUUAGAUUAGCGUAUUUGCUGUUGGGAAAAGCUGUUUUUGCUUCUAAUGGCGAUGAUGGAUGUUUGGAAGGAUUGGAAUUCCCUUCAACUGUAGAGGAUUUCUUGCUGAAUGAUCCUCCUGCAUUAUAGGUAAUAAUUCCGCUUCAGUUAUCUCUUUUGUUUUGUACAUACUUAUUCUUUAUUUCAUAAGCAUGAGCAGUUGAAUUGAAGCUUUAAUUUCCUUUCUGGGUCAAUAAUGGCCACGAUUAGUUCUAUUCUCAAACGAGUUUCAAGAGCUGUUUGUAGUGAUUUCUUUAAAAUGGUUGGUUUAUCUCUCUCUGGUCACAGGGUUUGUAGUGAUAUAAUCCUGGAGUUGCUCCUCCACUCACCCUUUCAUGAGAAUGGUCAUUUUUUCUGGCUUGUGGGGUGCGUGUUGUUUUGUGAGAUCGUUGAGGCGAGCAGAAUAAUCCAAGUGUUAAAAGGGUUGGAAAGGAAUGUUACGUAAUAUUUGUUCACCUACUGUAUUUCAUUUUUGCAUUUGAAGGAUUUUUUAAUAACUCUCUUUUAAGUUUGUUAGAUAUUAUUUUAAAUUUUUCUUCACUCAUCGAUUUAUGCUUUUGUAUUAGUUUGUAAUUUAAAUGGUAUUUUAUAUUUUAUAUUAAAUAUGUCUCUCCCAUAAACUUAAUCGGUUAGUGAUUUAGGAUGGUAUCACGACAGGUGGUCUAGGAAGGUCUUGUGUUCAAACUCCUCCACUGUUGUUUCUUUUCCUAAUGUUAAAUUUUACUUGUUAGACCUUUCUUUAUAUUCCAAACCUACCAGAGGAGUAUUGAGCUUUUGGAUCGACUGAUUUAGAAAGGUUCUAUCUUGGAAUCCUGGUUCUAUCUUGGAAUCCUCUUUGAAUGCUCAACUGAAUCUCUGCUUCCUUCAUCAUUGAUUUACACCUACUUUUACUCUACGUACUACCAUUUAAUCAGAGCAAGUAACUAUAGUUCGUGGAAUCGUGCUACGAUGAUGGAAAAUUCUAGAAAGAUCAAGUCAGGACCAAAUGCAGAAGGUAAUCUUCUUUUGGCUUGCUUGUAACAAUGAUAUCAUUGUGUUGUGGAUUUUGAAUUCAUUUUCAAAAGAGGUUAGCCACAACCCUCUCUAAUUCAAUGAUUGUCGUCAAUCUAUUGGCUUUUAUAAGUCACCUUUGGAGAAAGGUUCAUGAACUCUGGAAGACGGUUUUGCGGAUGGAAGAAAGGUGUAGGUUGGAUGGAAAUAUGAUUUUGGACGUACUUUUGAGAAAGAAUAAACUGAUUGUGAAGAAGAUGUCGUUGGAUAUUGGGCAUAAAGAUUUGCUGGAAAGACAUUCUUUGUUUUUGUUUUUUCUUUUUUUUGCAAUGAUCCAUAUAUGUUGAAACUGCAUAGAUAUUCAAAUUGUUCCUACUAUGAUCAUCCAGCUGAAUUGAACUGAUUGGUAAGCUGAAUUUAGAUGUAUAAAUGUUCUUGGUACCCAAUUUUCUUAA